AUGAAAUCAAGGAAUGAAUUGGGCCGAGAUGCCAGUGGUGAGAGCCGUGGGGAGAGAUGGGAAGAGCAAGAGCUGCGCAAGGUGGUCACUUCUGAAGGUCUUGGCAUCGGCCAGAGGCGCCACCUCCGAUUGCUCCCCGCAAUACUACGACUCAUCAAUAAUCUUUGCUUGGAGCUCUUUGACUAA